CGGCGGAAGCGGCGGCCAUGCUGCGCGSUCCGGCCGCGCUGUGCCUGCUGCGGCCCCGGGCGGCUCCGGGCGGCUCCGCGCACGGCCGGCAGUGCCACCGAGAGCGAGAGCGGGAGCAGGGCUCGGGCCCAGCGCGGCCGCAGCCACCGGAGCCGUCGCUGCUGCGCUUCCUGGUGUGCCCGCUCUCCAAGCGGCCGCUGAGGUACGAAGAAGCUACGAACGAGCUGAUUAACGACGAGCUGGGCAUCGCGUACCCCAUCAUCGACGGCAUCCCGAACAUGGUUCCGGAGGCUGCCAGGAAGACGCACAAGAAGCCGCCGGCCGAGGGCUCGGAGCAGCCCUGA